GCGUGACUGAGCGAGCGUCAUCCAUGGGACGUGGUGUACGCGUGCGGUGAUUUUAGCUUUUAUUUUUAUUUUGAUAAAAUAAAACGAUAGACAGUGAAGGAGCCAAGGAGUGGGAGGCGCUGUUUGUUCAACCUCUCUCUCUCUCUCUCUCUGCUUAUUUUCUGGGUUUAAUAGUAAUCAUCAUCGGUAACUCAGGUUGUUCCCGGAAUCUUAUAUCCUCCAAGAUUAUUUCUCCGAUAGAUAAUAAUAGAGACUGCAACGACGAGGAGAGAAGAGCGAACAUUGGAAGUCAAACCCGGAGAUUAUGGAGCUUCUCCGUUUUUUCUUAUGAGGUUAUGUUUUGAUGAUAGAGACGUGUUUACAAUGAGUACACCAAGAAACGUCACUUCCAAGCAUCAUCGACCUGAGAAAGUUUUUGGCCAGGGAGGGGGGCCCAGUUGGAUCCUAAUCGCAGGUGGAGCCUUGUUGAGCACUUUGUCUAUUCGUUUUGGCUACAAGCUUAAGCAGUCGCUUCAUUUCAAACCUCCUCCUCACCAAUCUAAUGCCUCUGUUGGAUUAAAAGCCAAUGGAACAUCUGAGAGGCAAACAUGUUGUUGUUUGCACUCCAACACGUCUUCCUCUGCACACAAUAAGGAGUAUUCCUGUUUCCGCUCCAUUCCAGGAACUGAGAAUGUGGAGGGGAACGAGGAGACAAACGAGCAAAUGGUAUCUACAUCUGACACUUCACUGCCUCUUGUGACGGUUCCUGCUCCAUCAUACAGCAAAGAGAAUGGUGUCAUGUGGACUUCUUCUCCCGAUCGCCUGGAACUGCCACCGAGACCAUACAAUCACCACCAUUCGACCUGCUCGGACUCCCCUUGCGUGUCUGAAACCAGCUCAGACAUCUUCAGCAAACGAGAAGUAAUACAGAAACUAAGGCAACAGCUGAAGAGGCGCGACGACAUGAUACUGGAAAUGCAGGAGCAGAUUCUAGAGCUGCAAAACUCGUACAACGCACAGAUGUCACACUCUAGCCACCUCCAGGCACAGCUAGACUCGAUGAACAGAGAUCUGUUCGAAUCAGAAAGGGAAGUUGAGAGACUGAGAAAAGCGAUCGCUGAUCACAGCUUGGGAUGCGCAGGCAGCAAUGGCAAGACAUCUCCUGUAGCACCUUGGAGUGGGCAUGUGAACGGGUUUAUGGACAGCGAGAACAAUUAUGAGUCACCGGAAAAGUUAUCAAGGGAGGGAGAAAGAAUAGAGAUGUUGAGAAAGGAAGUGAGUGAGCUUAAAGAAGUUAUUGAUGGGAAAGAUUAUCUACUAAAAAGCUACAAAGAGCAGAAGAUGGAGCUUCAGCAGAAGGUGAAAGAGUUGCAGCAGAGAUUGGACUCACAGCUCCCAAACAUAUUGUAGGUCAGGAGUUAGGACAUUGUGCAUACUUGCUUCUCUUCUUUAUUAGUUUUAGUAUUUCCGGUUCCUUCGAGAAAAUGAAUCAAUGUCCCAAGAGAUCUUUUGGAGUAGCUCACUCUAAGAGAGAAUUCUUUUUCAGCUUUUGUUUUUGAAAUGUCUUGAUUUUGUUUAUUUGUGACCUUCUUUUGAUGUUUUGAUGUAAAGGAAAGUUAGUUGUUGAAGAUUUUGCGGCGGGAAUGAAUAGUUUGCUGCUUCUUUUU